GUAAUGAUACCACAUCCUGCUGGUUUUAUUGCCGAUUGGGUGAAAGGCUUGUAUCAACCACAAUGGGUGAUUAGUAGCCUAAUUAGUCAGUCAUAUAGAUGUAACAAUAACGKUUUCAGUGCGAUUUUGUAAUGGAAACUAAGUGGUUUGUUUAUUUUGCUACAAUAAACUGUUUCUCCAUGCAUACAACCAAGGGAACAUUUUGGUCGGCCAACAGCCAUUCAUGUUUACAAUUAUAGGAUAGAGGUUAAAUCUGCAGCGUUACCAAACACGCCCAAAGAAGCUUGGUGCGGUCAAACAUUGUCAAAGAAAAUAGUUUAUAUUUCAGGUGAUAAUGUCUCGAGUUCUUAUAGUUGGUGCAGGUUUGACAGGCAGUUUAUGCGCUUGUCUUCUGCGAAGAGAAAUGCCAAACAAAGUUAUUGUUGUCUGGGAUAAAUCGCGAGGAGCAGGAGGAAGGAUGUCCACCAGCAGAAGUCCGUCUGAUGCCUCCUGUAUAGUUGAUCUUGGUGCACAGUACAUUACUGCCACGACAUACUAUGCCAAAAUGCAUCAAAACUUCUAUGAAGAGCUGCUGGCCCAUGGUGUUCUGAAGCCCCUGGUUUCCUCUGUGGAAGGGGAGGUGAUGAAGGACGGAGGCCAUAAAAACUAUGUCAGUCCAACAGGAGUGUCCGCCAUCGUCAAACAUUUCCUUAAGCAGUCAGCAGGGGCAGAGGUGUUCUUUGACCACCACGUUACCCACAUCUACCAGAAGGGCGCCAUCUGGGAGGUGUGUCGGAAGGGCGGGGCCCCGGAGCAGUUUGACGCCGUGGUCCUCACUAUGCCAGUACCGCAGAUCCUACAGCUGCAAGGAGACGUGGGCUCCUUGCUAGAGAAGAGUCAGCGGCAGCAGCUUGAGGCGGUGAGCUAUUCGUCGCGCUAUGCGCUGGGCCUCUUCUACAAAGCCCAGGCUCACAUCGACGUCCCCUGGGCCGCCAAGUACAUCUCCAAUAAUCCCUGCAUUCGCUUCAUCGCCAUUGACGAUAAAAAGCGCAAUUUAGAAUCCCCUGAGUGCGGUACCUCCAUGGUGGUUCACACCAGUGUUCCCUUUGGUAUCAAACACCUGGAGGAGGCAAAGGAGCAGGUGGAGCCUCUCAUCCUGGAGGAGCUGAACAAGCUGCUGCCCGGCUUGCCACAGCCCGACAGCAUCAAAUGCCAGAAGUGGAGAUACUCGCAGGUGAGGAGCUCGGUGGCCGACUGCCCGGGGCAGAUGACGCUGCUGUCCCAGCCUCUGUUGGUGUGUGGGGGCGAUGGCUUCACGCAUUCCAAUUUCGACGGCUGUAUCGAGUCUGCCCUGAAGGUGUUUGACGUUCUGAAGCACUCUCUCUGAUGCCGCCUUCUGGGGUUGGGAGAAUAGUGUGGUGGGGUUCUAUGUGUACAGCAUGUUAGCCCAGAGAGGGUGGCAUGAAACUGAUCUGUUUUACAGAUUCCAUCCAUCCACA